AUGCGAUCGAGUUCAGAAGCUGGUCAAAGGGACAGAAGGUCAGAACGACGGUACAACACUCAGGAGGUCCGGCCCAGCGCGAUACCAGUUUCCGGCUACGACUUGACCAACGAGCCAGUCCUGCCAAGUCAACUACCUGUAAGGUACGAAGGCAAGCCGCAGCACCAGAAGAAACCAAGCAUCAAAGUGGAAAUCCACCAAGACAAUCCUCCAUUGCCCACAAGCGAUCUGGCUUUUAGGGUGAAGCGAAGCCCGAGCGCUAGCCCAAGAUCACCCACUGCACGGCCGGAACUUCAGUACCAAUAUGCGACGCUACAAAACAAACUGGACCAGAUCAGUAGCACGUGUGCUCCAUACAUGGAUGUUGAGGCUGCGGAACCUCAAGAUCUCACGUUCGACAAGAUAGUAGAACACACUAAAGCUUUUGCUUUCGAUCUGCAAGUGUGGGCUCAUCUUUCAAACCUCGAGGGUAUGGCUACGGUGGAUAAGCAUAAGAGAGAAGUCGUGGACGCCGCAUCGCGAAGCCUAGACCGACUGUUGUAUCUGGUGGCAGAAUUACACGACGCUUGCUUCAAGGCCAAGCCGAAGGAUCUGAAGUUCAAAAAGCUUCCUGAGACCGACGACGAGACGUUAUUCGAGGACGGAGAUGACGACAGCGGUGAACCAGACCCUACAGAAACCUUAAGCUUCAUCAUUCAUUCAAGCCUAGACGGAAUCGAGCUGCAAAUCCAGAAUCUGAAGAGAUUGAGUCGAACAUUGCAAGAGGUCACACCGGAUGCAAAAGAUGAGGUCGUGGCAGUCGCGAAGCUCGUAACGGAGACCGUGAAGUACUUCGGCUCGGAAGAGGCACUGCAUCGCUAUGGGAUUAAUGAGAAGAUCUCUGGGAGGAGAGGUUUGGAAGAAGCAAGGUACACGAAUUCGCAUUAG